AUGCCGGGAGGGGCUUUGGCUCAGGUCCCGGUGACGUUCGAUGACGUCGCCAUCUAUUUCUCCCGGGAGGAGUGGGAGAUGCUGGCAGACUGGCAGAAGGAGCUGUACCAGGAGGUGAUGAGGGAGAAUUAUGCAAAUCUGAUUUAUCUGGCAGGGGACUGGCCCAGGCAGAGAAGCAAGAAGAAAAAUGAGGAGGAAUGUGCUGAACAGUUGGAAGCCCCGGAGCUGCCGACUGGAAACAGCUCGGCCAACGGCUCAGAGAAGGCAAAGAACUGCAGCACUCAGAGCGUCCGUGUCCCAGAGCCAAGCAGCGAGGAAGGCGGCUGGCUGGGGCAGCUGGUUGAAGGUGGAAGAGGGAACAGCCAUUGCACGUGGCCCAGUGGGAACCAGGCACCCAAGAAAAGGGCAAGACCACACAAGUGCGACGAGUGCUGGAAAAGCUUCACCUGGAGAUCGGAGCUGGUUCAGCACCACAGGACCCACACUGGGGAGCGGCCAUAUAAGUGCGCUGAAUGCGGGAAGGGCUUCAGCCAGCACGUCAACCUGACCAUCCACCAGCGUAUCCACACCGGCGAGCGGCCCUACCGGUGUGGAGAGUGUGGGAGGGGCUUUACCCAGCAUAUCAACCUGACCCUCCACCAGAGAAUCCACACUGGGGAGCGCCCGUACCAGUGCAGUGAGUGCGGGAAAAACUUCAUCCGCAAAUCCAACCUGGCCAAGCACCAGAAGAUCCACACGGGCGAGAAGCCCUUCCAGUGCGCCCAGUGUGGGAAGAGCUUCGUGCACAAGUCCGGCCUGGUGUCGCACCACAGGACCCACACGGGGGAGCGGCCGCACCAGUGUGAGGCGUGCGGGAAGCGCUUCGGCCACAAGUCGGGCCUGCUUUCGCACCGGAAGACCCACACGGGCGAGCGGCCCCACCAGUGUGCCCAGUGCGGGAAGAGGUUCCGGCAUAAGUCAGGCGUGGCCUCACACCAGAGCACCCACACGGGCGAGCGGCCUCACCAGUGCUCCCAGUGCGGCAAGCGGUUCUCCCGCACCUAUGAGCUCAUCUCCCACCAGCGCCUGCACACAGGGGAGCGGCCCUACCCAUGUGCCGACUGCGACAAGAGCUUUGUGCGCAAAUCCAACCUGGUGAAGCACCAGCGCGUGCACACGGGGGAGCGGCCCUACGAGUGUGGCCAGUGCGAGAGGAGCUUCUCCCAGAGGUAUGAGCUGGUGGCUCACCAGAUCACCCACACCGGGGAGAGCCCCUAUACCUGUGCCCAGUGCGGGAAGAUCUUCAGCCAGAAGUCGAACCUCGUGAAGCACGAGCGCAUCCACACUGGCGAGAGUCCCUUCCCCUGCACCCAGUGCGGGAAGAGCUUCAGCCAACGUGCCAACCUGGUGAAACACCAGCGGAUCCACACUGGGGAGCGGCCGUUCCAGUGCGCCCACUGCGGGAAGAGCUUCAGCCAGAAGCAGAAUCUGAGCACGCACAAGAGAAUCCACACUGGAGAGAGACCUUACGAGUGCACCGAGUGCGGGAAGAGGUUCAGCCGCAUGCAGCACCUCGUGUCGCACCAGCGAAUCCACACGGGCGAGCGACCCUACCAGUGCACCGAGUGCGGGAAGAGCUUCAGCCAGAAGUCCAACCUCCUCACACACCAGACCAUCCACACGGGGGAGAGGCCCUUUAAAUGCACAGAGUGUGGGAAAAGGUUCAGCCAGAGAGUCUACCUGACCCAGCACCAGAAAACCCACACGGGAGAGAAGCCGCAUAAAUGCCUGGAGUGCGGGAAGAGUUUCAUCCAGAGGAAGGUGCUCCUGACGCACCAGAAAAGUCAUGCCGGGGAGGGAGGGCCGUACCUAUGUGCCGACUGUGGGAAAUGCUUCACCACACAGCCAGGGCUGAGGUAUCACCAGAGAAUCCACACCGGGGAGCGGCCAUACCCCUGCGCCCUGUGCGGGAAAGGUUUCGCCACCAAUUCCCGCCUGAAAUAUCAUCAGCGGAUCCAUUCGGGAGAGAGGCCUUAUCAGUGCAGCGACUGCGACAAGCGCUUCCGGCACAAGUCGGCUCUGGCCUCCCACCAGGGCAUCCACACCGGUGAGAGGCCUUACAAAUGCACCGAGUGUGGGAGCAGCUUCCGCCGCCGGAACGGGCUUGUCAAGCACCAGAGGAUCCACACGGGGGAGCGCCCCUACCCGUGCGCAGAGUGCGGGAAGAGCUUCAGCACGAGGAGCACGCUCACGGAUCACCAGAGGACCCACACCGGGGAGAGACCCUACAACUGCAGCCACUGCGGGAAAAGCUUCAACCGGGUCUCGCAGCGCCGCAAACACCAGAGAAUCCACACGAAAAAGCGACCGGAAUGUGCCGAAUGUGGGAAAAGGUUCCGGAGUGAGAAGGAGCUCGCCACGCACCAGAGGGUCCACACCGGAGAGAAGCCAUACCAGUGUCCCCAGUGCCAGAGGAGCUACCAUCGGAAGAACGAACUGGCCAAGCACCUGAAAAGCCAUGCGGGGAAGAAGCCGUAA